AUGUUUGCCAGCCUGCCUAUGUACCUGGUCACUCUCCUGGCCGCAACCUCGACAGUUGCUAACGCCGCGGCCGUAUCACCAGUCUUCACCGGCCUAGGAACCCGCUACGGCGAUGCUGACGGCUGUACUGAGGAAAACUGCUGGCAAAAUGGUGCUUGCAGCUUCGUUGGAUACGACUUGCCUCCUGGUAUCGAUGGCAGUACUUGUGUUUCUGACGAGAUCUGGAACAAGGGCGCCAACUGCGGCGGUUGCAUUCAGGUCACUUACAAGAGCAAGACCAUCAAGGUUAUGGUCACCAACAGGACUGGAGGCGACAAGAACCAUCUCGACAUGACCCCUGCGACAUGGAACAAGCUUACCAACAACAUGAAGGGAGGCGGUGUUGAUGGCAUCAAGUGGAAGUGGAUUGAAUGCCCUCUCCGCUCUGCUCCUCUCCAAGUCCACAUGCACGGCGGAGCCUCCAAGUACUGGUUCGCCGCUACCAUCGAGAACAUGACCCACCGUGUCAAGGCUGUCCAAGUCAGCAGCGACAGUGGAAAGACCUGGAAGUCUUGCUACCUCAAGGACCCUAACAUGUGGAUGCUCGAUGGUACUCUGCCCAGCGACUCUGCUUGGGUCCGUGUCACUAGCGUGAACAACAAGCAGGUUAUCGUUAAGAACGUCGCUCUCAAGAGUGGUGUAGUCACCAAGGCCACUGCCAACUUCUAG